CAAUAUUAGCCUUCUCCAUGACAUCUUGAUUAUAGUUGCUUCCUUUAGCACAAAAUACCAGCAGCGCUGAUAACUCAACGCAGAAUAUCAGUAGCAUUUAUAAUAUAUCUCAGAAUAUAAGUAGCAUUAAUAACACAACUACUGACAUUGACCGAAUAGAGAAUCAAGUGGAACCACCAGUCAAAAAACCGCCCAGAAAAGUAUGCUACAAUGAACUGGGAUGUUACUCUACGGAAUACCCCUGGAACGACACCGAUUAUCUUCCCAGCAGCCCAGAAACGAUCAAUGUGAAAUUUUACUUGAGUAAUAGGCUAACUGGUGCUAAUAGAACACUACUAAUGACGAGGCCUAACUUGGAAAUAGAUUCUAGUUUUUUUGAUUGGGAUAAGUGGGUGGUUUUCGUUACACACGGGUUCUUCGGGAGUGCAGUUCUGAAUAACUGGAUAGGAGAGAUGGAGGAAGCGCUGCUGAUCAGAGGUGACGUCACCGUGAUAGCUUGUGAUUGGUCGCCCGGCAGCAGGACAAUAAACUACGCGCAGGCCGCAGCCAAUGCAAGGGUGGUGGGCGCCGAGAUCGCUCGAGUUGCUCAGUUCCUAUUGGAUAACAGUUUGGCGGCAAGGGAACGGAUACACCUGAUUGGUCAGAGCCUCGGUGCACACGCCAUGUCCUACGCGGCGGUAAAUUUGAAAUCAGUGGCUCAUCUGACCGGCCUCGACCCGGCUCAGCCUGGCUUCGAGGGGACUCACCCCGAUGUCAGGAUUGAUCCCACCGAUGCUGACUUUGUGGAUGUGAUUCACACUGACGCCAGGCCAUUUCUUCCCGAUCUGGGACUCGGACUCAUUGAGCCGGCCGGUGACGUUGAUUUUUUUGUAAAUGGAGGAGUACAACAACCGGGCUGUUUUCAAACAAUAAUGGAGCAUCUUCAUCAUUAUCCAAGCGUACUCAGCAUACUAACAGCACCCUUCCAAGUCGUAGGUGAUUACUUCUCAUGCAACCAUAGGAGAGCACAUCAAUACUACAUAGAAGCCUUGAAAACGGAUUGCAGUUUUUGGGCAAGAAAGUGGACUCCUUUUAGACCUCUCCCGGAGUUAAACCCAUGCACCCCUGAUGAAUGCCAAGAAAUGGGAAAGUACACAAGCUUGCUUCCAGGCCGUGGAACGUUUUAUGUACAAACAAAAUUCCCAGCGCCUUAUUGUGUGUGGGAACAGGAGUCAGACGACAAUAUGAUAGAAUAUCUACUGGAAAACAACAUCCACUUUUUCUCGACAAGUGCAUCUUAUCCAACAAGGCAGCAAUCCAGCCAUAUUGACCGAUCCAACAUUCAAUGAAUCAUCAAGAUAUUUAUCAAACUUUUGGUUGAAAAUCAUGAAUUAUUAUGGCAAAAUAGAUACCUGCAUAUUUUUAGCACUGAACUCCUCAAAUCAAAAUUGAAAUUUUCCAUUUCAUUGUCAAACUAGUAGUUUCAUACUGCUUACACGUGCUUUUAAACUUUGAAUGAAAAAAUAUUUUUAUAUAGGCAUACGCGUAUUAUUAUUAUCAACAUGUACUGAGCAUCUAACCUUAUUAGUGACUCCAUUAAAAUUUCAAAAUAUUGCAAAACUAACCUUAUUAGUGACUCCAUUCAAAUUUCAAAAUAUUGCAAAACUAACCUUAUUAGUAACUCCAUUCAAAUUUCAAAAUAUUGCAAAAAUCUUAUAUGAUGAAAAUGAACAAGAAAUGAGCGCAAAAGUGUAUUAAUAGUGAAGUAAUAUUUUAGUUGGUAGUGGAUGUCUAUUACGGAUAAAAAUGCUUAUAGAAUUUUAUUAUAUAUAGGCUAACAUUUUUCAAGA